AUGUAUCUCAAGAUGGUACCGUACUCAGGCACAAGGACAAUAACCUUAAUAGUCGCCCUCGCAACCUUAGCCAGCAAUGUCCUCUCUGCACUGUUCUUCUACCAGUUACCAGAUGAUCCAUAUCAUCUAGCCAAUAAUUUUGGAUGGUAUCUGCAUUUUGCGAAUUUGCUGAGUGUCUUUGGAUUUAUCGGGGCUUUGAGGCAACACGCACCCUCGGUAGCCAUCUUCGCCAACUACCUAAUCCUCGACACGCUCCUCUCCACCAUCCCCCGCUUCCUCCUCCUCCUAACCAUAACCUCCUUCUCCUCCUCCAUCUGCUCCCCGACCAACACCCUCAACCCCUCCACCGCCUUCUCCAGCUCCUCCUCCUCAUCCGACCAACAACUCCCCUCGCUCACCAACCCUGCCUCAUCAUUCAACCACCCCAGCCCAAACUCAGACGACAUGAGCCUCCUCUACGCACUCGCGCCCAUGCGCUCCCCGCACAGCGAAUACCUCAGCCAGUCGGACUUCACCCCCGAGAGCUGCAUGCGGACGGUGUAUCUGGGACAAUUGAUGUUGGGGGCGGGAGUGGUGGUGGCGACGGUGUUGCAGCUUGUGGGGGCGAUGUGUGUUAGGGGUUAUGCGAGGGUGCUUUGGGUGAGGGAGAUGAGAGAGGAAGAGAUGGCGGCCGCGGCGCAGAUGGCGCGGUUGGUGGUGUUGGAGAGGGAGGGUGGUGAUGGUGGGGAGAGGUAUUUUGACGAUGAGAGAAGAAUGGGGACGGGGAAGGUAUGA